UAGAAUUCAACUAAUUUUUCGUCGCUGUGUGAAAGAAAGCUCGUCUUAUAUAUUGAAGUUCAAUAGUUUGCUCGUUUCUCGCAGAUCUGGAAUCCAAGGAAAGCGGUCGAGUCUCAUUGACGGGGAACGUUAGAAUGAACACUACAUUUGUCAACAGCUGGUGUCUGUUGUUGCUGGUCACGUAUAUCACCUUGUCUGUGAUUUUGCCUUCUGUGCAAGGUUCUGUAUAUGUAAGAUUCUUAUCUAAUGCUCUAAUGAAAGGACAACACGCUAUGUUUGAGUGUUUCGUGAAUGGAACCGACAAGCAAGCGAUGGUUACCAAAUGGUUAAAGGACGGUCGUCCUAUACAGCCGAGCACCAGAAUAACGUCUCUGCCUCGCCCGUAUUACAACCGGCUCGUCAUCCAUGAUCUUCGAGUCACAGACUCGGCUACAUACACUUGUGUGACAAACGACGGCCAAGCAACAGAAUACCUAGUCGUGAACAAUCCAAUUCAGACGUAUCCGCAGCCUGUUGUGGUGGCGGUCGCCGGAGGAAACGCGACUUUGCGUUGCGACGGGAGAUACUACGACUACAUCUUCUGGUUCAAGAACGACUAUGCCGUGGACAUUGUUGAGCCGGAACGUUUCUACUCGCCUGGGAACGGAUCGCUCUUGCACAUCACAAACGUCAACAUGACCGACAACGGAUCUUUCCUGUGCGAAUUCGUCUCGAUCGAGACGACCUACAGACAAGUAGAAUUGGUAGUGCUAGAUCCAGCUGAUCAAGUUAGUGUAAGCAGAUCGAACGGCGCCACUCUGGUCGGUCAUGCGCAUGAUAUACGCUGUAAAAGCAACGUUAUACCGCUUCCUCAAUCUGUCGUUUGGCUCAAUGAUUCGAAGCCCAUUCAGCCUUCCGGCAGAGUGACGACGUGGUACGACAAAGGGACGGCCACUGCGAGUCUCACCAUCACCUCCAUAGCGCGCUACGACAGCUACAACAUUACAUGUCGCUUCAGACAGGACUUUCCGGGUGGAACAUUUAACCACGUCAAAGGUGUCAUCCAUAUUACAUCAACAGACAAACCUGACCCUCCCUCAGACUUGAAAGUAGAUGUUGUCCUUUCGAGAGAUUUCUCCUUCAGGAAAAUCAUGUUGUCGUGGACUCCACCAGUGUAUACGGGCAACUUGCAGAUGCUUGCGUACCGCAUCACCUAUUGGGAUGAAAAGGCGUGUAGACGGUCUGCGUGCGAGGAGGACGAAUACUGGCUACACAGCAACAUCGUGUCGCAUCUCUUUGAUGUAAGGAGAGGAACCAAUCACACACGACUGUGUUUUUCUAUCCAGUCGGUCAACAACGAGGGUCUGAGUGCUCCCAGCGACAGCAAAUGUGGUGGCGUUUUUCUUCCUCCGACCGCUCGUCCGUCGAUAUCAGAGCGUCCGACGACAGAGACUCGGAGGAUCACUGGAACCACUAGUAGAUCUAGAGUUGCUGUUACUGUGAGUUUUCAAGUAAUAUUGAAGAGUGUGGAGAAACUGUGCUCCAACUCAUUCAAAGUCAGUAGGGAUAUCGUCACUAGAGCUCUGGCCUCGCUUCUCAGCCUGAUGUGCUCGUGUACCGUUCUGAGGAGCGACGUGACCGCGGAGGAGUACGCGCGUGUGGGGGGUGUCAUUUACUAUCAUGGAACCCUAACGUCUGUACAUGCAAAUCACACUGUAGACAGCUUGGAUCACUACAUACAAACCGGUGGAGAGAGUCUUCGCGUAUUGAGAAGCAACUUGCAGUUCAUUCCCGGAUGUGAGACUCGAGUGGUAGACGGGUCUCUAUGCAGCCUAUCUGAAGAAGACAGUUUGGCUCUAAACUGUAGUGAAAACGAGAGAGCCGCCGGCACUGUGGUCGUCGCUGCAUCAGGAAGUGACGCAUCGUGUUCGCCAUAUUUUCUAGCCAUUAUCAUUAUUGGCUCGGUUGUCUGCGGAUUCCUACUAGAAAUCAUGAUUUCUAGGGUUUACCGUCGUUGUCGUCGUCAAACCGGCUGUCGACGCUCGUUAUCAAAGCAGUCGAUUGUUCAUUACAUGAACGGUACCGCAGCUGAUGGCAGUGGCCGAGUGUCCAUCAGCAAAGUAUCGACUUCUAACAGCGAGUUGAGUGAUCUGGAUCAACGGGCAGGCACUACGUUACAUAUGGUGGAACAACUGGGCAACGGGCAUAGUUAUACGGGUACCAGAAACGACUCUGGUAUCCAUAUCGACUCACCGGUACCCUACUGUAACCCACCCGUUGGCCCUGACGUCAUUAGCAGUGAUGACGUUUUCUAUGUUUUGGAAGAGCAGGAGGGAAAGGUGACGAAUGUGUAGUCAGUAGAGCAGCAUCACUACACUACAUAUAUUAAUCGGAGAUGAAUCAAUUAGAGCCAUUUUGUUCCCUGCUGGAUCGAUAUCCUAGCUGCCCUUCUGAUGAGCUGAGACGUGUCUCCUAGCUAGCUGGCAGAUAGCUGAAUUGUAUCACCCUAGGCUGCAGAUGAAUUUGCUAUAGACAAUGGGUUCCAUAGCCUAAUAUGUUCUAGUAGUAACUAAGUUGCUUCGUUUGUAACGUUCAGUGCUAGUUUGUACGUAAAUAACAAUUUUAUAGUAAAUAACAAUUUUAUAGUUACUGUUAUUGUAAUAUACACUCAUUGUAUGAACUCGAUCUAUGA